AUGGACGAAUCUGGUUUAGACGGCUUGGAGAAUAGUUUUAAAAGACUACUCGAUGAAUCUGAUGAAGAAACUACAGAGAAUCUUUCUAUCUUCAAUGAUGCGUUAGUGCUGCUUGCGGAUAAGGAGUCUGAUUCGAGAAGUAAUGAGAGAUUGUCAUUGUCAGAUAGUGAGAGGAAACAGACGAAUGGUAAAGCGACGCAGAAACUCAUGGUGACUGGAAAUUUUCUCAACAGUUUGGUCUACAUGAUCAGUCACGUCGUAGCUGUCACAAACCAAUCAAUUUCUACGAAAUAUAUUUGGAAAAGGAAAUAUUGUCAGUGA